AAAUAUGAGAACACAACAAACGAAAAUGAUAGAUGGCAGUGCUGUAUAAUGCAUUUAUAGAUACAUGGGCGCGACAGUUCAUCGAAAAUAAAGGUAUUUAAAUCUAAGCACGCCAGGAAAUUUCACUUAUUUGGCUUAUAGUUAAACAAAAUUCUGCAGCAAGAUGAAAAGAACAAGGAACAGGGUUAGUCCCCAUCGUCGGACUCAAAGAAAAAAUCAGAACCAUUUUCUAUACGAACGUGACUUUGAGCCCAUCUCAAAAAGUAUUUUUUCCCAUAAACCUAAUGUAAUCACAUUGAUACGAUUCUAUAGUGGUCAUGAGUGCCUUUGGGACAGAAAUCAUCCCGACUAUUGUAACCAUGAUUUGAAAGAUAACCUAUGGUCGUGGAUAGCCAAUCAGUUUGGUUCGCAAGUGACCAAAUCAGACGUUGAAUUUGAAAUACAUUUAUUACAAAAUCAGGCUGUGCAAGAGCUUCAACGAAUGCAAACGUAUCAAAAAAUGGGGAUUAAGUUUGAUACGACUUUUGACUUUCUUGAUGAAUUUUUGUUUUUACUAGAGGAUGAGGAAGAAGAAGUGCAAAAAACUAAAAGUAAUCCCACAAUUGCUAAUGCAAUAGAUACAAUUGUCAAAAAAUCUAAAACGAAAAUAUGCCCUGCAAGCAGCAAUUUCGUAUCAUCGGCUGUUGCAAAAAUAUCUAAGCUGCCGGCCGCGUUAACUGUUAAUGAAUCAAAGCUUUUGACAGCAGAAAAAUCAAAUUUGGAUUCCUUUUGCAAUAGCUUAAAAGAAGAGUUAGCUAUAUACCCCGAUGCGUUGUGUAUAAAAACGCAAAAAAAAAUUAUUCAUAUUAUAAACAGCGCACACGCCGAACUCGCCCAGCGUCCAAUAGGAGUUUUUAGGAGAUUUAUUAGCCACUGGGGCUCGCACAAUUAGUAAAACUUAGAACACGUUUCACAAACAUUUUCAAAAUCAAACAUGUAAAUGUGAAUUAUAGGUUCUCUCAUCGGCACUGCACAAUCAUUUUGGGUUGAAGGUCAUGUCAAAUUCCAGUUUCGUUGGGACCGUUAAAAAGAACUGCCAAAGCUUGAUGAGCAUUUUCUCGCGCCGCGAUUCCAAUGCGGAAUUGCGACCGCAUCGACGCCAGAACGCAUUUAAUAUAACGGGCUAUCGGCGACCGAAAAUCCACACACUGCUGGCUCAGAAGGAUACAGUGGUGAAACUAAUAGAGUUAUAUCGCCAGAAUGAAUGCCUAUGGAACCCCAAUUGCCCAGACUACAAACGUGCUGAGUUUCAAGAAAAUGUAUGGCAAAACAUUGCUAACUCGUUGGGCUUAGGCGAAAACGUACCGGUUGUACAGGUCAAGAGGAAGGUUCAUUCGCUUCGAAAUCGAUGGGAGCUUGAAACAAAACGCAUACAAAAAUCCAUCGUAGAUGGUGGCAAUGAAUUGUACCUACCAAAGCUCUUCUAUUACCCUGACUUCGCAUUCCUCAAUCGAGUUUCUAAUGAAACUGAGGAUGAUUCGAAGUCGAAUCGCAUGCAUUCUGGCAGCGAACAAACUGUACAGGCUGAUGAGGAAGUGGAGCGGGCACCAGAAACUCCCAAAUGGUAUAGGCACAUUACAGUAAAACAUGAAGACACGCAAGCUUUUCCGGAAUCAAAUGCUGAAAUAUCGAAUAUUAUAGAAUCUCACGGUCAUUGUGACACAAACACGACCGUGACCACAAUUUCAGAGCCAUAUGAUUCUUACUGCAAUUACGAAUUACAAGUUAAAAACGAUUUUUUGGCUACUAACAAAGCUUUGCAUAUUGCUAAUCUAUGCGAGGUUAUUAAAAUGGACUUAGAAGCAACCAGCGAUGAAUUGUUUUUUGAAGCAAAAUGGAAAAUUUUAGAUGUGCUUCGUGACACGCAAUUAAAAGAGUUGCGAGAGCGAACAGCGCAUUUACAGCGGGCGGACCCUGAGCUAAUUGUAGAUCCAACGAGCACUGAGGAGCAGUCGAAAUCUCACAAUCUAAAUUCUAGCAGUUUAUAAACCAAAAAUUAAAUUGGAAGAAACUAAUUUA